UGGAAACCAUGUUAUCUCACAUAAUUGAUGUUGGCAUUGAAAUAUUUUUCUAUUUUUAUUACUUCCAAUUUUUUUUUUUCCUUUUUAUUCCUUCAAUCCAAACAUAAUAUUAAUUUAAUUCUUUUUAUGUCGCACGCUCCAAAGUCAUUGCCGCGUGCCUGGAGCCGACCAUACCAUAUCUUUUGUUGCAUCUCUCUUUUCUUACAUUUCGGUAGUACUAAAUAAAUCUGACAACUUUAAAGUCUCCUAUAAAAACCUCUUUCAGUCUCCCAUUAACAGAACCUCGUUCUCUUCUUAUGCUUUAACACUCGGAUCCGAGCAAAACAUCCACUACCCAAAACAACCAAAGUCGCCACUUCUACUCUCCUGUAAAACCAAACUCAAAAACCUCAAAGAACAGAACCAGAAACAGAGGCAUUGCUGUGAGAGUGUGAGACCCAUGUCUGAAAACGGACACCAUUAGCAAAUCCGACAAAGGCCCAUUUCUCAAAUUCAGAUUUUAAUACUACCCAUUUGACUAUUUUUCGUUUUUCUUUACAACAACGAUUAUGAUGAAAAUUCGAGGGUUCAGGCUUGGACGCAAGCUAGUGAAAAUUUUUAAAUGGAUAAUCCGACCCAGAAGAAGAAACUACAGGAUUAGUUUCUUGAGACCUCCGACCCGACGCUGCAACCCAUUAUCCAGAAUCUGUUCUUUUGCGAGGUUUCUUCGACGUGGAACCAUGGGGCUGUCAAAUUCGAAUUCGGAUGCCGGUUAUAUCCAAUUGGGUGAGAAGGGAGUGAAGCGGGUUCGGGUACCGAAAGGGCAUCUUGCAGUGUACGUUGGCGAAUCAGAAGGAGACGCAAGGAGGGUGUUAGUGCCUGUGAUUUAUUUUAAUCACCCGCUUUUUGGGGAGCUGUUGAAGGAAGCGGAGCGGGUUUACGGGUUCCACCAAUCGGGUGGGAUCACGUUGCCUUGUGGAAUUUCAGAGUUUGAGAAGGUUAGGAUGAGAAUUGCUGAUUGGGAUAAUUGCCGACGGAAACAAGAUCGUCGUUGUUUGUAAUGAUAUUUUUCCCUCAUAUUUUUAUGGUGUAUAAAUAUUUGAUUUAGCUAAUUUUUGUGAAUAUAGGAUGUCAAUUAUUUUUUUAGGCUCUAUUCUCUC